GUAAAAACAGAAGAAUUGUUAACAACAUGAACCGAGUACAUUUGAUUCCGCUCACAAUUGUCGGACUAUGGCUGUUGGUGACGUCUGUUGCAGGUUUGUCUGUUAAUCUAGAUAAACUUAGCAAGCGGGCUCUGGCCAUCGGCACUUGUUCGAAAGAUUACUCACCCUGUACUUGUACUGAACAAAACGUUAAUUGCGAUCAAGUACCAGUUCGCGAUAUAGCAAGAAUGUUCAAGACUAUGACACAGCACGAUAUAAAGUCAAUCGAAAUUACGACAUCGCGAACCGAAAGGCAACCGAUUCCAGAUGAUUUUCUGGGUAACGUGCGCGUUAUCGGUUCUAUCAAUUUAGUUUGUACGGAAAACAAUAAUUUACAAGUCUCUAAAAACGCUUUCCGCGCAUCCACGGAAUCUAACCAUGUUCUAACAAUUAGUGGCUGCAAUUUACAUAAACUUAAUUUUGCAUUCAUGUCCAACAUGAAAGAGCUGAGCAACUUUUAUAUGGAUAAAUCAAGUGGAUUUUCAAGUUUUCAAGGAUUGCCUUCUCAUUCAAAUUUUAAGUUGAUGAGCAUUACGGAAUCCAGUGGAUUUUAUUCCCUAGAUGACACCCCCGUUAAAUUAGCCGGAUUAGACAUCUUGUAUCUCAAUGACAAUCAGCUAACUGAUAGUGAAGCCGCUAAGCUCAUUAAAGCCUUAGCUUCAACAUCAGCUCACUCUUUGGUUGAAUUCAGAUUGUACAAUAACAAGCUGACCCGAGUCCCUGAUUUUCUAUCAUCACUACCAAACAUUGCAGAAUUGUCUUUGAACAAUAAUGCCAUCACCUCGCUGUCUGCCAACUCAUUGGCAUUCAAGGGUCCCAUUUCCAUCACUUUGAAUAACAAUCAAAUCAAAACUGUACAACCCGGUGCGUUUGGUUCGCUAAGAACCACGGGUAAUUUUGUAAUCAUUAUGCUCAACAGAAACAAUUUUAAUCAAUUGGAUUACAACGCCUUUCAAACCGUGCUUAAAGAAAUGGCCCUAACUGGCCAUGGCACUGUGGAGCUUGGCGAAGUUCCGAUUAUGUGUGAUUGCAAUCUCGCCUGGCUUCUUCGAGACAACAGACAUCUGUUAGCGCAUGUCUCGUUUGGACAAUGCUCCGGUGAAUCUGUAGAUUUUGCCGAUGUCGGCCCAGAGAGGUUCGAUAGUUGCCCUUGCUCAGCAGCGUAAACUAAAACAGGCGGAAACCGAAAAGGAAAAGAAGAAAUUCUCAAUUCUGCAUUUUAUUACGACGUUAAUUUCAUAUUAAUGUAUCUUGUUAUGAUUCGAUAUUUGGUUCCAAUUGUUAUGUAGUUUAGUUUCAAUGUUGGGUGACGUCUUACAAUAAUUAUUCCCAGUUAGUGAACGUCAAUAAAACUCAGCAGCAUUGUAUUUCAAAAACGCAGCAGAACUCUACACGAUAUUUGCUCUAGGCUACAAGUUUUCUUGACAAGGUCAUAAAAGGUUAACGCAAUUGUAAUAUGGCCCUAGGGUAUUACGACACCGACAUUUGGAUGACGCAGAGACGGAGACGCCACGCAGUCAUUGCUUGCACACACGAGUCAGAUUCUCAGUAGGGAACAAAAGCUGGCACUGAUCAGUUCGCCGAAUCUCGGUAGUCGAUGUGGUGAACGAUUUUGUUCAACAGUUAUUUUUAAAAGUGUGAUACAGUUGCGGUGAAAAACUUCG